AACACUUAAAAUAAUCACAUAUGUACGGUCAUUGUACGUGUACUGUAGAUUUAUUGUUUCGUCUGGUGCUUCCAUGAACCACAGCACAUGGGGUCAGUAAAACACUGACGUAGACUGAUGCCAACUGCUUUUAAGCAGACGAAGAAGAACAAGCGGGGGAAACUGAAAAAGGUUUCCGACCGGCGAUGUUUCGCUGUUACACAUAGUUGGAAAGUGCUACGCCAGGACUACAGCUGUGAUGGCCAAACUUCAGGGCUUUGAGUUUUGGAGGAAAACUCUGAAAGAAGCACGCUAUGUGGUGGCUCCCAUGGUGGACCAGAGUGAGCUGGCUUGGCGUUUGCUUAGCCGCCGACACGGUGCUCAGCUUUGCUACACCCCCAUGCUGCAUGCUCAGGUGUUUGUCCGUGACGCCAACUACAGGAGGGAAAACCUCUACAAUGAAGUUUGUGAGGAGGACAGCCCUCUCAUUGCACAGUUUUGUGCCAAUGAUCCAGAGGUGUUCCUUCAGGCAGCUUUGCUGGCUCAGGAUUAUUGUGACGCCAUUGAUCUCAACCUGGGCUGUCCACAGAUGAUCGCUAAGAGAGGACACUAUGGAGUUUUUCUACAAGAUGAAUGGGACCUGUUGGAAAAAAUGGUCAGCUUAGCCAACGAAAAGCUCAAAGUGCCAAUCACGUGCAAGAUCCGUGUGUUCAAGGAGGUUGAAAAGACAGUCCGCUAUGCCCAGAUGCUCGAGAACGCUGGAUGUCAGCUGCUGACAGUGCACGGCAGAACCAAAGACCAGAAAGGCGCCAUGACAGGUAUCGCUAGCUGGGAGCACAUAAAGGCUGUACGGCAGGCGGUAAAUAUUCCAGUAUUUGCUAACGGCAACAUUCAGCACCUCAGUGAUGUGGAGCGCUGCAUUCAGGAAACAGGCGUGCAGGGAGUGAUGAGUGCAGAGGGGAACCUCCAUAACCCAGCGCUGUUUGAAGGCCGCAGCCCCCCGGUGUGGGAAAUGGCUGAGGAGUAUCUAGAGGUGGUGAAGCGGUAUCCUCCAUGUACUCUGUCCUAUGUUCGAGCCCACCUCUUCAAGCUGUGGCAUCACACGCUGCAGAUCCACCAGGACCUGAGGGAGGAGUUGGCCAAGGUGAAGACUCUGGAGGGUUUGGCUGACGUUAGCAAACAGCUGAGGCUUCGCUGUCAGGACGAGAUAGCCAAAGGAAAAGAUUCAGAAGAUAAAGAAAGCGGACUUCCUUUCCCCCACUGGAUCUGCCAGCCAUAUGUCAGACCAGUGCCAAAAGAGACGGUUACCAACGGUAACAGCCAGGCAUCAGUGUUGAAAAAGACAGUUUGUCAGAAGAGGGCACUGGAGGACUGUGAGUCAGCUGACACACUCUCUAAAAACAAGCAGAAGAAGAGAUCCCGCAACCCCAAAAAGAACUUCUGCCCCGAACAGAAACGUAAGUUUGUGCUGUCGACAUAA